AUGACGGUCGUCUUCGAAGCCGUACCUGCACCAUCCCAGGCGCGUCUCGAUGCCUCGCUGAACGACGCGCCUCUGGACACAGAGAAGCUCGUGUCGCAACAAUCGCCAGCAACACAAGAGAAGGCCAAAACGGUGCUGUACCUGGCAUAUGGCUCGAAUCUGUGCAACGAAACCUUCCGAGGCGUGCGCGGCAUCCGUCCGCUCUCACAAGUCAAUGUCCUUGUUCCCUCGCUGAGGUUGACCUUCGACCUGCCCGGUAUCCCAUACAAAGAGCCCUGUUUUGCCAACACAGCGCUGCGGGAGCCGGACGCGCAGGACUACCACAAGGAUCGAUGGCACAAGGGCUUGGUGGGCGUCGUGUAUGAGGUGACGCUCUCUGAUUACGCGCACAUCAUCGCAACAGAGGGCGGAGGGAGUGCCUACAACGAUAUCCUAGUUGACUGCCAUGUGCUGCCACCCUCUGACACGGUCCCCUCUACUCCCGAUUCGAAGCCGUUCAAGGCCCACACACUCUUCGCGCCCAUUAUAGACCGAGAAACCAAACAACGAACCAACGACCGUGUAACGCGACCCGAUCCUAACUAUGCGCAGCCUUCGGCACGAUACCUCAAGCUCAUAACCGAUGGCGCCGCCGAAUGCAAACUUCCCGACGAGUAUCAAGAAUACCUAAACAAUAUACGCACAUACACAAUCACAACCAAGAAGCAGGAAAUGGGAAAGGCUAUUUUCCUGGCCAUCUGGAUGCCCUUUGUCAUGUUCAUCUUCACAAUGGGGAGGAAGCUGCAAGACAAGAAGGGGCGGUCACCUUGGUGGCUGGCAAAGCUCAGUGCCAUGAUCUUUGCGGGUAUGUGGACCAGUUACGACAGUGUUUUCAAACGAACUUUUGGCGAUGGAGAGAGGACGAUAGGUGAUUGUACAUUGCCGACGAUCAAUGCCAGGAGUAGAACGACCUCUUCAACGAGAGAAGAUGCGGAAAAGGAAGGCUUAUUGGAAGAGUUCGGGAAGACUAUAUACGAGCCGCGGUCAACGAAAGCCUGA